UAUAUAAUAAUGAAAAUAGUUAUCGAUUUUAGUGGCUACUAUUUAAAAAGCCAAUUUAUAAUAAGAGAAUUUAGCUUGUGUCAAAUGAAACACUUAACAGUAACUUCUGAACCAACAAUAAUCACUGACGAUCCAACUACUUCUAUUUCAUCUCGACCGCAAAAUAAAAGUUACAAAAAAUUUAUUGAUAAAGUCGGUAUUACAAAGGCUCAUAAUUCGUAUCCAUUACAUCGGUUACGUCAGAAAUUGAAAUCAAUAAUUGAUCGAAAUAGUAUUAUUUACGUACGAAAUGGACAACAGUUUAGUAAAUUAAUAAGUUUUAUCAACGACAACAAAUAUCAAUCUGACAAAAUAAAACUAUUAAGUGAUUUAGGAUUUGAUGAUAGCCAUGAAUUGACUGAAACAAAUUGUCCUCAUCAUAUUAAUAAAUCGAAUAAUUAUUGUGCGCAUGAUAAUGCGAAAUUAAUGAUGAAUUGGUUACGAAAACGAAAAUUAGAUAAAUUAAAAUUAUUAAAUAAAAUGCAAGUAGUAAUUAAUUUCAGCGGUUAUUAUGAUUAUAAAAAUGAAUUUACUAUUAAAGAAUUAAGUAUUGUUGGAUUAAGUAAUGACGGUAAAACUAUUUAUCAUAAACUAUAUGUUACUAAGCCAGUAUAUCAUUCAAAUAAUUUCAUAAAUGAUAUUAAUAAAAAAAAAUAUGAUAAUUAUUAUAAUAAUUUUGGAAUUAGGUACGAAGAUGGUAAUUAUGAAUCAAAAUGUAUAAUUAUUAAAAUUCUUGAAAUAUUAUUUCAUUACGAUAUCAAAAUAAUUUAUGUUAAAAAUUAUUAUUAUCGCUAUCUAUUGAGCAAAGUUGUUAAUAAUAUCAAAAUAUAUGACUUUAUUUGUUUAGAAGAUUAUAAUUAUGUCGAAACAUAUGAUAUAUCCACUAAUUGUGAGUAUCAUAAACAUGAGGAUAAUAGUAAAAAUAUAUGUGUGAAUAAUAGCGCAGUUAAUAUGGUUAAUUGGAUAUUAACCAACGAGUUUUAUAAAUCUGAGGUUAGGAAUCGGUUUGCUGAUAUUACAUUAGACGAUGAUGUAAAUAUUGAUGAGAAUGAUGAUAUUGAUGAUGAAAUGGUUAAUCAAUUCAUAAUAAAUGAUAAUGAUGAAUUACCUUUAAUUACUUCUGAUGACUUGAAAUUUUCAUAAAAUUAUAUUCAUUCGCUACUUAGAAAAUCUUAUAAAAUUCUACAAAUUUUCAUAAAUUUCUCAUACAGCCCGAUGAAAAAAAAUUUUAUACAAUUAUAUAUAGACUACAUAUAAAUUGGAUCGAAAAAAUG